AUUCUUUGAUUCCACGAACACACAAAAAAAACUCUGCAAAGAUGGAUAUGAUGCGACGUGGCUACGUGCUCACCAAGAGCCUUGGUGUCGGCCACUCCGACCUCAACCUCGCCAUCUCGGACGAGAAGGCCGUCCACAGCGGUCUUGUCAAUCUGGCCAAGGCGCGAACUGCAGCGGCCACCGCACUGGUCAAGUGGACAACGCAAGAAGACAACCCAGCCAUUCGUGACAUCUUUGCACGCCUCGCUGAGCUGGACAACGAGCACAAUGCUGUUCAGAAGGAAUUCUCUGAUCGCUACGAAGACUACCGCCGAUGCUUCAAGGCCGUCCGCGACAGCGAAAAGACACUCGAUCGCGCGCGCAAGCAUCGCGACGACUGCGCGACCAAGCUGCAAAAGCUGCACCGUGAUCUUGAGCGAUACAACCGAAAGGGCGACUACGGCAAGGUCUCGACGGUAGAGUCGGAAAUUAUCGCUGCCGAGCAGGCGAACGACGUGGCCGAGGCCGAGUUCCAGGAAAAGUACCGCGAGUGCGAAAUCAUCAAGGUGGCCAAGAUCAAGGAGGGCUUGAGCAACGUUGCAAACGCCUAUAUUGAGAUGGCAGAGAAGAUGGUUUUAGUGUUUAGCGCGACCAAGGACCUCGCAAGCGUUCUGCCCGACGAGCCUGCACACCUCACAACAGAGCCCGUGUACGAGGGUGGCGAAGCGUAUUCCGAAGAGAUUGUCCAAUCGGCACGCCGUGCGCUCCAAGAGUACCAGCCCCAAACGCCAUAUAGCAAUUCAAACGCCUAUGCCAACGACGAGUACGAAGACGACGGUACAUAAAUCAAGAAAUGAAGCUAUUUGGGUUUUUGUGGUUUUCUGUUGGUGUUCCUUUCUUCUCGGCGGUAGACAUGCGACGGGUUCGCAAUGGCAGCCGGAGAGUCAACGUCGUGCGCUUGCGCUCGUUGCUGUGGCUUUUGCUGAAAAAGAAAAAGGAAAAAGAAAAGGGACGAUGACGUGAAACAUUUACAAAAUCCCAGUCUUUUCUGUUUGUUCAUUGCUGUUGUCCGCAUUUGCAGUUUGCGGGUUGUACCAAUCUAUC